AUGGCAAGGAGUCGUAAGAGAUCUUCCUCGCUGAUCCAGUGGUUCUUGCUGAUGCUGGUGCUGAUUAAUACAGUCUACGGAAGAGCAAUAAACUCCAAAAAGAUCAAGCAGAUUUCCAGUGGACUUCAGAGUGAGAACUGUCCAACUCACAAAGACUCCAAGUUCCCUGACAGCGUCAGAGUUCUGCUACAAAUCAUUCCCACAAACCGAAGCCACGACAGGCCUCAAGAUGUCGGGGACAGAUCUCUCUCUCCGUGGGAUUACAGGAUCAACGAGGAUUCCUACCGGUUCCCCCCCGCGAUCGCCGAGGCCAGCUGCCGCCACCAUGCCUGCCUCAACGCCACAGGACAGGGUCUGAACUACGGCCUAAAUUCUGUUCCCAUUCAACAGGAGAUCCUAGUCCUCAGACGUAGGCGGACAGGCUGCCGGCAAACCUAUUGGCUGGCGAAACAGAUUAUCACGGUGGGGUGUACCUGUGCCUUUCCUACCACCCAUACCAAUACCGACCUCGGGAAGGACGGACAGAACUAG